UUUUAUUUCUUUUGCAUCAUAAAUCGAUGCUGCAACUGCAACUAGCGCCGCAGUUGCCAAAAUCAUAAUUUUGUAAAUAUUAUCUAUCUUGUAGCAGUUACCUUAAGGUGCAUUUUAGAUGAAAUUACGACUGAAACUUGAAACUUGAUUGAUUUUAGUUCUGUGUUUGUGGCUGUGUGCGCUAGUGUUUACAAAAAGCUCGAAUUUUAUUGGAUAAUCUCAACCGAACGAAUAGCUCCGAAGUUGUUCUCGGCUAAUUUCGCAUUGACGCCGUGUUGCACAUAGCGCGUAGGUAUAUUAUUGUGUGGCUAGCAGGCUUGCCUUUUCUGAUUCUCAAGAAAGAAACUACUUGUUCAAGUAGAAAAAAUGUCAGAUUCCGAGACAGAAAUCAGCGAAGAAAUUUUACAAAAGGAAAUUGCAGAUAUUCUAGACCAUGCAAGUCUUGAAAAUACUUCAACCAAGAAGGUUAUACAGAAACUGGAGAAAAAGUUGGGGGUGGACCUUUCAAGUAAGAAGAAAAUGAUUGAUCAGAUCGUAAUGGAUAUUGUGAAUAAUAUGGAGUCUGAAGAUGAGGAUAUGGAUGAGUCCAGUGAUGAAGAACCGAAGAAGAAAGCUCCUCCAAAGAAAGUGAAGAAAGAAGAAGAAGAUGAGGAUGAUGAGGAACGGGAUGAUAGCAAUGACAGUGAUUGGGGGAGUGCAGUCGGAAGGUUAUUUAUGAAUAGCGAGUGUUCAGAUGAAUGCUCUUGCACACAACAAGACCCACACAUCCCGUCUAAUAUCAAAAGACGUGUUAUAAGAAAGCACUUCACUGACCAACCGAGGAAGGGAGUGAUACUCAAAAGAGUUGCUCCUAACCAUUCUGAUGAUGAAGCUGAACUCUUUGGAAAGCUUACUGCUAAGAAGCUACGCAAACUGCCAGAACAUGAACGUGAUUUGAUGAUGUUGCGUAUAAACCAAAUGCUUCUUAUCAAACUGUAUUCCAUAAAUAUGCACCUGGAUAAAGCUACACAAACUACUCCGUUGCCAUCGCCUCAGUUUCAAGCAAAGAAAUUGUAUCGUGUAAAUGCUAUCCCAAAUAUUAAUAUGCCUCCAAAUCAAACUACUGCUAGUGCUCCGACACCACCAGCCAAUGAACCAAAACCUGAAUCUGGCGGCAAAAAGAAGAAGGCAGAAGAAAAGAAAAAGAAGGCUGCUCCCAAAUCUAAGAAGGAUAAGACAAAGAAGGGCGGUGUUAAAAAAGCUCGCAAGGGUAGCGGAUACACUAGGGCUUGCAAGCUGUCGCCAGCGUUAGCAGAACUCAUGGGAGAAAGUGAGCUCCCGCGCCACGAGGUUGUGAAGCGAGUAUGGGCCAUCAUCAAAGAGAAACAGCUCUUUGACCCUAAGAAUAGACAAUACGCCAUCUGCGACAAAGCCCUAUUCAAAGUUAUUGGAGAAGAAACGUUCCACACGUUCAGCAUGAUGAAGUACUUGAAGAAUCAUUUCCUGGAUUAAUUUAUGUGUAAGUGUAACCUUAUUUUUAAGUUGGUAAUGUUUUUACAUAUGUUUGGGCGCUGUUUUGUUGAUGUUACGGCCAGUUUCAAUAACCAGUCUGCUGGGAGAUUUGCCGAAAUCAAUAACCAAUCUCAAUUUAAACUCUGGAUUGAUGUAGCUUUUUGACAGAACAGAUUUUAAC